GGCAGCAGAUCAAGGAAGGCGAUUUACGAUUUCUCUGUAUCUCUCUCUGUAUGGUAUGGGGAUUAUUAAGAAAGAUAAGAGGAGUGAUUCUUCUUCUUCAACAUCACCCUGUGCUCAUCUCAGAGUUGCAUAUCACCAAUGCUUCAACAGGUGGUACUCUGAGAAAUUCUUGAAGGGCCAGUGGGACAAAGAGGAAUGCGUAUCCGAGUGGCAGAAAUACAGAGCUUGCCUUUCUCAACAUUUGGAAGAUAAACAUCUCAGUCGCUUCCUUGAAGCCGAAGCUAAUGUCUAUACUCCUGAAUCCUCCUGACUGACCCCAGAUGAGAUGAUUCUAUUUCUACCCAGGCAGCACUAUUGAUG